AUGUUUAAACGGUGGCUGCUGGCCUUGGUGGCCCGUGUCGGCCUCAUUGUGCUAGGCCUCUGCUGCUGUCUCUCGCUGUUCUACCUCCUGGCCUGUAAACCUGCAUCUCGCAGCAGCCAGCAGUCUCCGCUGUGGUCUGGGGGAGCCACCAGUAAGGAGGGAUACAUGGCUUUGUUGCAGGAGAGGGAAGACUCUCACAGACAUUACAUCAACAGCCUGACAAAGCAGAUAGCCCAGCUGAAGGAGGCUCUCCAGGAGAGGACACAGCAGCUCCAGGAGUCCCUGGAUAAAGCAAAAACCAAAGGGAUUCUGCCUCAGGGUUUGGAGAGUCUGCACAAAACCCCGACACAGUCUGACCUGAAGGAGUUGUUCCGCUCCCAGCUGAACCAGGCGGAGGUGAACUCAGGUGUAAAGCUGCCCAACGAAUAUGCAGUGAUUCCUUUUGACAUUUUCACUCUGCGGAGGGUGUACCAGCUGGAGACAGGGCUGACCAAGCACCCUGAGGAGAGGCCUGUGAGGAAAGACCGCAGGGAUGAGUUGAUAGGCACCGUGGAAACAGCUCUGCACGUCCUGAAUGGACCUCAGCAACACAUGGACAACAUCAGGCGAAAGCGAACAUACUCCCCUUCAGACUUCGUAGAGGGGUUGACCCGUACAGAGCGGGACAGAGGAACCGUGUACGAGCUGAUGUUUAAAGGCGACGGCCCACAGGACUUCACGCACCUCGUGCUCUUCAGGCCGUUCGGCCCCAUGAUGAAGGUGAAGAGCGACAGUGUGGAUACGCGCAGCAUGCUCAUCAACAUCAUCGUACCUCUUUCCAAGAGGCCGGACACAUUCAGGCAGUUCAUCAACAACUUCAGAGAAGUGUGCAUCAAGCAGGACGGCAGGGUUCAUCUCACUGUCGUCUACUUUGGGCGAGAUCAGAUAGACCAAGUCAAAGCUAUGUUGGACCAGACCACCAGAGAGACUCGGUUCAGGAGCUUCACACUGAUCCAGCUGAAUGAGGAGUUUUCACGUGGUCGAGGCCUAGACGUGGGCGCCAGGGCUUGGAGGCGGAGCCAGAAUGUCCUGCUCUUCUUCUGUGAUGUUGACAUCCACUUCACAGCUGACUUCUUGACUUCCUGUCGUCUCAAUGCAGAGGCUGGUAAAAAAGUGUAUUAUCCAGUGCUCUUCAGCCAGUACAACCCAACUAUCAUCUACAGUAAUCAGACACUUCUACCCUCUGUUCAACAGCAGCUGGUAAUCAGGAAAGAAACUGGAUUCUGGAGAGACUUUGGGUUUGGCAUGACAUGCCAGUACAGGUCUGAUUUCAUCAACAUAGGGGGUUUUGACCGUAACAUCAAAGGUUGGGGGUUGGAGGACGUACACCUGUACAGGAAGUACCUUCACAGUAAGCUGGUGGUGAUUCGCUCCCCAUCUCGUGGCCUUUUCCACUUGUGGCAUGAGAAAAACUGCUCAGAUGAGCUUCCUCCAGACAAGUACAAGAUGUGUAUGCAGACCAAAGCCAUGAGCGAAGCCUCGCAUGGCCAGCUGGGGGAGCUGUUCUUCAAACAAGAGAUCAAGGCUCAUUUGAACUCCAAGAAGCAGUCAAACAAAUGAUUUUUGUGGUUGUUAUGUAUGUUCUUGUUCUGGUUUUCAUGAUAAUUUAUGGUAACUUACAUUUCCUGAAAUCAUGCCAGAGAACAGGGUGUUCAGGUAAUGUUAAUAAAGGAGACAAAGGGUGAUUUACUCUCAUUAUUUAUCGCCAUGGGGACAAA